UGUGUGUGUGUGUGUGUGUGUGUGUGUGUGUGUGUGUACUGACCAAGCUGCGUGUUUCAGUGGUCUGUUGGUGAGAUUGAUGGCCGGUGUGCGUGUGUGUGUGUGUACUGACCAAGCUGCGUGUGUUUUGGGGGCAGUUGGUUAAAUGGAUGCCUUGUGUGUGUGUGUGUGUGUGUGUGUGCGGGGGUGUGUGUGUGCGCGUGUGUUCUGACCACGCUGUGUGUGUGUGUGUAUUUUUGGGGCAGUUGGUGAGAUGGAUGCCCUGCUCAGCUCCCAGAACGACCUCAUCAUCCGGCUGAAGGAGGAGUGUCGAGGUCUCGGCCAGAAACUGGAGGAAGUCACCGAGAGCAGCAGGUUAGAGGUGGAGCAGCUGACUGCAGAGAGGGCUUACCUGCAGGAGAGUGUGGAGAAGGUGAAGGCUCGCUGUCACAACAUGGAGGAGCAGUGUGUUCAACACGGCAGGAUGCACCAGCGCAUGAAGAAACGGCUGCAGCAGUUGGAUCAGCACUGUCAGUCCAGCGCCCAGCAGGUGAUGGAGCUCCUGGGGAAACAGAACCAGCUGAUGCAGGAGAGACAAGAGCUGGCCCAAGAGAUGCAGAACUUACGCAUAAACACACAGACACCUGGAGCUGGACAGUCCGACUCGCCCUCCACCUGAAAUGAAGACCUUUUGUGACUUGUGUUUUUGUUUUCAUUGUAUGUCGUUGUUCUGAGUACAUCACAUCUCAGAAUAACAACCCAAACAGGUCCAUGUUAUAUUAACAAAGUGCUGUUUUAAGAACAAC